AAGUCAACUGAUGGCUUCGAUCUCUUUCCCCUACUGAUACCUAUACCUCUUUAAAUAUCAAUUACUUACUCUCUAGAAUCACUCAUCCAUUACAAUUCUUGGCCUCUCUGUUUCCAAUGGCUUAUUAUAUAAUUGAGUCCAAGAAUCCUCUCUGAUUUUCAUUUCAGAAAUUGGUAUGGGCAGGGUGGCUAUAAUAGUAGCAAAAAUGGAGAAAAUCAUAGGUCCGAGCAAACCCAUUUUCAUAGGCAUAGCAGGGGUGGCUCUGCUAAUGCUGCUUUGGAGUUUUUCACCUUUCACUAGCUAUCCCAACAUGUAUGACGUAGCUAAGAUGACAGUAUCGCCCAAAAAAGACCGUGCAGCUACGAAUGAUUGCACCACAGUGAGUUAUCAAGGCCUUAAACUGGACCAUGACCCAGCCAACCAAACGUUCUAUGACGACCCGACCCUGAGUUAUGAGAUAGGGAACUCAGGUAAUGACUGGGACACCAAGAGAAGAGAGUGGCUGGAGCAUCAUCCAUCAUUUGCCACCGGAGCAGAGGACCGGGUUCUUUUGUUGACAGGAUCGCAGCCGGAGCCGUGUAAGAAUCUGAUUGGGGAUCAUUUGCUCUUGAGGCUUUUCAAGAACAAGGUGGAUUACUGUCGGAUCCACGGCUAUGAUAUCUUCUACAACAACGCGUUUUUGCACCCAAAAAUGGUUAGCUGGUGGACAAAAAUGCCCAUGCUUCGGGCAGCGAUGUUGGCCCACCCAGAGGUUGAGUGGAUCUUUUGGGUUGACUCGGAUGCAGUAUUUACUGAUAUGGAUUUUAAGCCGCCACUGGAGAAGUAUAAGGACCAUAACCUCGUGGUGCACGGGUUUUAUAGCAAGGUCUAUGAGGAGAAGAGUUGGGGUGGGGUUAACGCCGGUGUGUUUUUCAUCCGAAACUGUCAAUGGUCGAUGGAGUUUUUGGAGGUGUGGGCUGAGAUGGGCCCACAGACUCCAAACUACGAAAAGUGGGGUCAGAUCCUGACAUCGACAAUGAGUGACAAGACAGACCCAGAAUCUGACGAUCAGUCGGCUCUGGUUUAUUUGCUAUUGAAAGAGAAGGAAACGUUGGGGAAGAAGAUUUACAUAGAGAGUCAAUACGACUUAAGUGGGUAUUGGUUUGACAUCAUCAACUCGUUUGAUACUAUUAGUGACAACUACGCGGGGAUAGAGAAAGGGGUGACGGAGUUGCAAAGACGACAUGCAGAGAAGGUGAGCGAGCACUAUGCGACGGUGAUGAAGGAGGCGUUCGGCGAUGGUGGUGGGGGAAAGAGGCCAUUUAUCACGCAUUUUACAGCGUGUAGGCCAUGUAGUGGUCUGCACUGGGGGUACACAGAUGAGCAAUGCUGGGGUGGGAUGGAAAAGGCUUUGAAUUUCGCUGAUAAUCAGGUGCUACGCAAUUACGGCUUCGUGCGCCCGGACCUACUAAAUACGUCCUACCUCUACCCUCUGCCCUUUGCUUUUUCGUCUAACAAGAAGGAGAAAUAGAAAACUCCUCCCACGUAACUUGUUGCGCUCAUCCAUAUCAACCAUGAUCAGGAAAUACUCUUUUGACUAUUAUAUUUGGAAUUCUGUCUCUUUGGUUUCUCGAAUUUCCAGAACUCACACAUGAUCCAUCUUAAUUAGUACUCUAGUUUUACAUGCUUUACUUCCUUUGGGCUAUACUUUGAAUUAUUUUUACUGUCCCAAAAUGUUUGAUAGUAAACUUUUGGGAUUAGACAUUUAUCUUAACAGAAACUAAAAGGUAAUUGAAUUUUGUCUAAAAGUUAGAAAAACGUUCAUUGAAUACAAAAAUAAACGUUGAUUUUUGAAAAAGCUCAUCUUUUAGCAGAAGUAUGAAAAGUUUGAUUUUUUCGCCUUCAUUUCAUACAACAUGAUUCGACCACAUACCUGUAUUGAAUUGACCUAGUGGUUCAUGUAUUAGCUUCAUUUUCAAACCCUGCUGGCCGUGGGGGUCAGCAAGGUUGCUGUCCAGGUCAGAACGAGGCUGUUUUGUGCUUGGGAAAGGUCCCCUGACUUCCUG